AUGAUUAUGGAAUAUGGAAAUACAGAUUUAGCUACUUCGCUUUAUUAUAUUAGUAUAGAAAAUUCAGCUGACCAUGUUAAUACGUUUUAUGAACCGAGUGGGAAUCAGGAGGAGGGGUAUGUCCAAAAUGGUAAUGCCGCUAUACUUGGGGAUGAUUGCUUGGAUGAUACCAACUGUGGAGCUGAGAUGGACAAUCGGGAAGAACCACUGCAUGGAAACUCUAGUCGAUUGACCACAACCCAAUUGGACUGUCCCAGGGGAGGAAGCGGAGUGCUCAAAAACACUGUAAGUAAUUUUAAUAUAAAUGCAUUACAAGAGAGUGUUAGGCACAUCUGCCCAUGUCAUAAUAUAAGUGAGUAUAUUAAAAAAAGCUUUCUUAAUGAGAAUCAGAUUAAAAUAUACCUCUAUCAGUUGAUUCGAGCGACCCUUUACCUACACACCCUGUGUAUAACGCACCGAGAUAUAAAACCACAGAACGUCCUGAUUUUUGUUAACAAGCAGAGUAGCAAUGGGGUAGGGGGGUUGAAGAAAGGGGAGAAGAAGAAGUGUCUCGUGUGUAUUCAGAAUUCGUUUAAGGUUAAGUACAUAAUGAAUAGGCGCCGUGGGGGGGAGGUCAAAAGUGGAGACAGGGUUUGCGGCGGUAGGAGCUCUCAGAGUGGUGGGAGUGUCCGCGGGGGUAGAAGCUCUAAGAGUGUCGGGAGCAACCGCAGUGAAGCGCCGCUUGGCCAAGCCGUGCCGGAGGUGGACGCCACCCCCAAUGGGAUAACCCACCCAGCCAGUGGGUGCGACAGUAGCGAACCCCCCAGGAGGAAGCCCUCCCGUGAUGGUAGCCCCAAUUCUGCUAACAACGCAAAGGAGGAAGGUUCGCAAGAUGAGGAGGGACCUUCCGAGGGGGGAAGAGGAGAGGAAACCCAUCCGGGUGAUCCGCACCAUUCGGGUGAUCUGCACCAUUCGGGUGAUCCGCACCAUUCGGGGGAGACCCCCCGGUGUGAGACUUCCAAAAGGGGAGCACAAGGGUGCCACAGCCGCUACAGCAGGAGCAGCACUCCGUUCUCCUUCAAGUGUGUAGUGAACAAUUUGAGCAAAAAGGACGUUCGAUUAAAAAGAUCGGCUAGCAUGACUCAGUCGUUUAAGGACACAUACGACAUGUGCAAGGAAAACCCUGACACGUGUAAGGCCAGUUCGAAGGAGAACUGCUCUCCCGUUUCUGCAACCGAUUUGAAGAGCGAGCCGAGAAACGACGAAUCGGAUGUGCAGAUAGGGUCUCCCAAUUGGUGCACGAAGAAAAGCGCCGCAAUAAAUUCAGGGAAGGAUAAAGUGGGGUAUGAUCCAACCGAAAACGGGGGAGUACCACCUCCCCGUGACAGUUCCUCCUCUAUCUCCUCUACGGAGAAGGAUAUAUUGUCCCCAUUCGAAGUCAACCCAACACACACAGAAGAAAAAAUCAGCCUGAACAGAAUCUACAUGAACACUAUCACGUAUAAAUAUAUAAAAUUAUGCGAUUUUAAUACCUCCAUUAAAUUGAAAGAAAAUUACAAGUAUUUUAGCUAUGUUUGCUCAAGGUAUUACAGAGCUCCUGAGUUGCUUUUCGGAUCGAACUACUACAGCCAGGCCAUUGACACCUGGUCCAUAGGCUGCGUCAUGGGAGAACUCAUCCUGGGGAAGCCCCUCUUUCUUGGAGAUUGUGCAUCGGACCAGCUGGUCGAAAUAAUAAAAAUACUGGGAACACCGAAUGAUGAAGAUUUCCUCUCCUUUAAAAGUGGCCACAAGAAUGUAAAGCUACCUCAAGUCAAACCAAUAACGCUAAAGAAGCUGAUAAAAAAUCAGAGUUCCCAGGAGAGUAUCGAUUUGCUCGGAAAGCUACUCCAGUUCAACCCUCAGAAGAGAAUCAAAUUGUGCAAUGCACUAUUACACACGUACUUUGAUGACAUACGUAAUUUAAAUGCUUUCAAGGAUGAUCACAAUGGAGGAAGUACUUCCCCCUUGCCGUACAUAACUAACUGUUUUAAUUUCACGAAGGAGGAGCUCCUACACUUCACCGUCGAGGAGAGAAAAAUCCUUGUACCCCUGGAAGUACGGCGAAGGAAGUUGGACGAGGUCAUGCAGUACAUAGACAUGACGAUGGAAAACUUCGAUAAGAUGUACCCGAAUAAG